AUGAAUGAGAAUGAUGAGAACGGUCCGUCAACGCGUGUGACGCGAGCCAAGACAGCUGCGCUCAGCACUGAGAUCUCAGCCGCUGGAGCCAAGAAACCCUUGCAGACCAAGCGAACCACGUCAGCUGCCACUGCUAAUGGAUCCCAACGUCCCCGUGCUGCCCUCGGCGAUGUCAGCAAUGUCAACAAAGCGGAUGGUGCUGAGACGAAGGCUGGAAAGAAAUCUGUCGCUGUCAAGGCUGGUUUGACCUCAAAGGCAACUGUCCAGACAGGAGGUGUUCAGAAGCUGAGCCGCACCAACUCCUCACGAACUGGGACCCGCUCUGCCCUCCAACCCCGUGACUCUAACAAGAAGCCUGCUAGCAACGCCAACAAGCGCCCCUCGCUCAAGGAUACAGCUCUCCAAGAGGAUGAGCCUCCCCGCAAGAAGGCCGAUCUUGAGCGAAAGACCCGAACUAUCGAGAAGAUCGUGGAAGAACCAGCGGUGAAGGAGCCGGAGAUCAGUGUGAAGGAUGCGUUGAAUCACGCCGUGCAGGACCUGGAUACUGAGGACUUGGAUGAUCCAUCAAUGGCCGCCGAAUAUGUGGUUGAGAUCUUCGAAUAUCUCAAGGAUCUUGAGAUCAUCACCCUUCCCAACCCUGAUUACAUCGACCAUCAGCCCGAUCUUGAAUGGAAGAUGCGUGGGAUCCUUGUCGACUGGCUAAUUGAAGUGCACACCCGUUUCCGUCUCCUUCCCGAAACCUUGUUCCUUGCUGUCAAUAUUAUUGAUCGCUUCCUAUCAGCAGAAGUGGUUGCCCUCGAUCGUCUCCAGCUAGUUGGUGUUACUGCCAUGUUCAUUGCAUCCAAGUAUGAAGAGGUCCUCUCUCCUCACGUCGCCAAUUUCAGCCAUGUCGCCGAUGAGACUUUCUCGGACAAGGAGAUUCUCGAUGCCGAACGUCACGUCCUCGCCACACUCGAGUACAACAUGAGCUUCCCUAACCCCAUGAACUUCCUGAGACGCAUCUCCAAGGCCGACAACUAUGACAUCCAAACCCGCACCCUGGGAAAGUACUUGGUGGAGAUUAGUCUCCUGGAUCACCGUUUCAUGGGCUUCCCACAAAGCCACAUUUCUGCUGCAGCGAUGUACCUUGCACGUCUCAUCCUCGAGCGUGGACCUUGGGAUGUCAAUCUCGCUCACUAUUCUGGUUACACCGAAGAGGAGAUCCAUCCUGUCUUCCAGUUGAUGGUUGACUACCUCCGCCGGCCUGUCUCCCACGAAGCCUUCUUUAAGAAAUACGCCAGCAAGAAGUUCCUCAAGGCUUCUAUCUUGACUCGCCAAUGGGCCAAGAAGUAUCACCACCUGUACGUCGACAGCUCUGAGCAGAGCAGUUGCGCCAAGGAUGAACAGUAA